AGCACUCGCGCCAGCUCCAGCCACAGCUCAGCCACAGCUCGCUGAGGAGUCAGACUCCUGUCCCUGCCCACCACCAUGGACGUCUUCAAGAAGGGCUUCUCCAUCGCCAAGGAGGGCGUGGUGGGCGCCGUGGAGAAGACCAAGCAGGGGGUGACGGAAGCAGCUGAGAAGACCAGGGAGGGUGUCAUGUAUGUGGGAGCCAAGACCAAGGAAGGUGUUGUGCAGAGUGUCACCUCAGUGGCUGAGAAGACCAAGGAGCAGGCCAAUGCUGUGAGCGAGGCCGUGGUCGCCAGCGUCAACACUGUGGCCACCAAGACCGUGGAGGAGGCGGAGAACAUCGCAGUCACCUCUGGAGUGGUGCGCAAGGAGGACCUGGAGCCAACUGCCCCCCCACAGGAGGACAAGGCAGCCAAAGUGGAAGAGGAAGUGGCUAAGGAGGCCAGGAGUGGGGGAAACUAGAGGGCUGUAAUCGGCUGUGGAGCCAGGAGAAACGCCCCUGGCUUGGACGCAUCCCUUCCAGCAUGAGGAGUGCCCGGCCCUGGACUGUGACCUGCGAGGCUGCCUGUGGUCCCCACACCUACACGCCGCUGCCCACGGGCCUGUCCUCCCGUGCUGCUGC